ACAGAAAUCAGAAUCAAGAAAGGUUUUUUUAAGAGGGGACGUAGGAGAUAGACUAGUAGUGAUGAUUAAACAAAGUGUCUUUGGUUUUUGAUGUUGAUGAAUUGAUUUUAUGAUGUGGGUUUUGUGUGAAAUGGUUUAAUUGUUAUGAAGAGUGUAGGGUUCGACUUUUUCUGAGAAUUUCUGGAGUGGGACACUGAAGAGUACAUAAAAAUACUGACUUGGGCUUUAAUUUUAAUUUAGUGGUACCAUCUAGAAAGGAAAGAACGAUGUCUUCACAGAUAAAUUUGGUGAUGACAGUGAUUGGAUUUGCAAUGAGUACCCUGUUCAUAGUGUUUGUAUGUACUAGACUCAUAUGGGCUCGAAUUCAAUUAAAUGCUUCGAGGCGAGCUUUAACCACGGGUUCUAGAUCUGAUCUUAACAUUUUGGAGAGGGGUUUGAAUGGCCUUGAGCCUCUUGUGGUGGCUAAUUUUCCCAUCAAGAAGUAUAAAGAUUUAUGCUGGUCUUCAAAAGAAAAUACUCAGUGUACUGUGUGCCUUGCUGAAUACAAUGAGGAAGAUAAACUACGUAUCCUUCCUAAUUGCGGACAUUCUUUUCAUGCAUCAUGUAUCGACAUAUGGUUGCACAAGCAAUCCACAUGUCCUGUAUGUCGAAUUUCACUGAACGAGCUUCCCGAGAGAAAGCGGUUUAUGCAGCCAAUGUUUAGUUCAGCCAUCCGACCCCAGUACAGCAUGCAAUCUAUCAACGUGCGUUAUUGUCAGUGCUUAUCAAAUUGCCACAGACAUUCACCGAGAUCCCUUGACAACCAAAUGUCGGGCCCUACCCAGGAACUUCAAUGUCGAUCUGAGGAUGCAACGGCCUGUUGAUUGAUGGUAAUAUAAAACAUUAAACGAGUAGAGAGCACAUGUUUGCUGAAUAGUACUGAAGGGAAUGCUAGUAAUGGAUAAGUUCUUCAGCCACAGUAUUUAUGUUGUUGCUUUCAAGGGAAUGCCCAGAAGUUGAUGGCACUAUCAUUGAGAUCAGGUCCUGGAAGCAUCUAUGCACUUGUAGCUUUAUGUACAUAUAACAAUCAGUGAUUUGUUUUCCAUAUUUUACUCCUUCCUUGUAAUCUAUUUCUUGGUAGUUUUUUGGCUCUGUUCAGAAGAUCUCUGUAAUAUAGAUACCACCAUCUGAUGAUGCUGAUCCACCCCUUCUCUCUC